AGACAAGUGAGUGAGACUUUUUGAAGACACACACUUUUUGAAAGAACAACCUGCGAUGUCAAACUGCAAGGUUAACAUUGUGAACGUGGAGCCGAGAUGCCGUGAAAACAACUCGGCUCACCGCACCUGGGAGAUCAGUCGAGACCGCUUGAUUGUGCGUAGGGGGCAGUCCUUCAGCAUCUCAGUGCAGUGCUCGAAGAGUGUGCGCGGAUGCAUGGUGGCUGUGGAUCUCCAUGUUGGCAAGCGAGAGGAGGCGGUGAUCAGUGUUAAGAGGGAGAGUUGCUCCGGCAACGAUUGGUGGUUUACACAGCGUUCCGCCUGUGAUGAACUGCUGCUGACUCUGCACAGCCCAGCGGAUGCCAUCAUCGGCCCUUACCGUCUGACUGUGACAUUGUUGUCCGCGAGUGAUGGCCGCGUCCUGGACACCGAGGGGACGACCAAGUUCCACAUGCUCUAUAACCCGUGGUGCAAAGAUGAUGUGGUGUAUCUACCUAAUGAGAACUUCAUUCAGGAGUAUGUCAUGAAUGAGAAUGGGAUCAUUUUCAUGGGCACCUGGAACGCCAUCACUGGCAGACGUUGGAACUUUGGACAGUUUGAGGACAAUGUGAUGGACAUUUGUUUUGAAAUCCUGGACUACUCCAAUGAAGCCGUGAGAGACUCGAAGAAAGACCUGUCCCAAAGAGCCGACCCCAUCUACGUCAGCAGGAUCGUCACUGCCAUGAUGAACUGCAAUCUCGACAGGGGCUUGCUGGAAGGCUGCUGGGAGGAGCCGUACACUGGUGGAGUCGCACCUUACAGAUGGGUGGGCAGCGUUGGCAUCCUCGAAAAGUGGAGCAACAGCUGUGCCAAGCCGGUCAAAUACGGCCAGUGCUGGGUCUUUGCUGCCGUUGCCGUCACAGUACUGCGCUGCCUGGGCAUACCAACACGCCCCAUUACCAAUUUUGAGUCUGCCCAUGACACUGAUGGAAACCUUUCUCUGGACUACCUGGUCGAUGAAAACCUGGAGAUUAUUAAAAAAGGACGUUCAGAUAGCAGCUGGAACUUCCACUGUUGGGUUGAGUCCUGGAUGAAGAGAAAUGAUCUUUCACAGGGAAAUGAUGGCUGGCAGGUUUUGGACCCAACUCCUCAAGAAUUGAGCAAUGGUGACUUCCGCUGUGGUCCGUGUCCUGUUAGGGCCAUCAAGGAGGGUAAUCUCAACGUCAAGUAUGAUGCUCCAUUUAUAUUUGCUGAGGUGAACGCCGAUGUCAUCUACUGGAUGGUCCAGAAAAACGGCCAACGUCAGAAGAUCCGAGUAAAUCAGGCCAGCAUUGGCAGGAACAUCAGCACCAAAAGUGUUUUUGGUAAUCGCAGAGAAGAUGUCACUCUUGAGUACAAGUAUCCUGAAGGCUCCAAGAAAGAGAGAGAGGUGUAUGAGAAGGCGCAACGUACAGCCAGAGACCCGUCCCCCGAGAGGCAGGAGCCAGCGCAAGUGGUGGUGAACGUCAAAACUGAAAAAGUUGUAUUCGGAUCAGAUGUUGAAAUUGUUGUUGAGUUGAACAACCAAGGACAAAAAAACGCUGACAUUUGUCUGACCAUGGCGGCCACAGCAGAGACAUACAACUGUUCACACCUUGGGAUGCUUCAUAAGGAAACCAAGCAGAUUUCUGUGCAGGCCAACAAAGUUCACAAGGAGGUGGUGCGAGUGCCCUACAAGGACUAUGUCAAGUACAUCACUGGACAGCAGAACAUCAAGCUGACAGCGUUGCUGCAGACCCAGGGAGUGAGCAAACCCAUCAUGGCCGUGGGCAAAAUCACACCCACCAUGCCUCAAGUCCUUGUUGAGCUUUCUGGAAAGGUUUCUCGAAGACAACAGACAACAUGCUCCAUCUCCUUCACCAACCCUCUCCAAGUGCCUCUGAAGGGGGGCGUUUUCACUCUGGAGGGGGCCGGCCUCUUGGCUUCCACUAAGGUCAACGUGAACGGCGACAUCGCGCCGGGCCAGAAGGCGUGUGCCAAAGUCUCCUUUCAACCUGUGCGCACCGGCGUCAGGAAACUCCUGGUUGACUUCUUCUCUGACGGGCUCAAAGACGUGAAGGGAGAUGCGACAGUAAUUGUAAAGAGGUUCUAGAGCCAAGUGAAAUCCAAUAUAUAGGAUCGAUUUUCUGAAGUGAGUGGAAUCCUGUUCAAGCCCUCUUGGCUUCAUUCCCUCCUUGCACUGUUCUGAAAUUGUGCAAAAGAAAUAAACUAAACGAAUAGGAACAAUUUGCAGCAUUGACUAGCACUCUUUUGUUGUGAUCUCUUGAGUGUAAUAAAAAUUCAGUCAAAUUAAAGC